AUGCAUGCGGAGAGAGAUAUGACUGGAGAUACUCCAACCGUCGAUGUUUGCAUUAUUGGUGGCGGACCAACUGGCCUCUUCACCGGGCUCUUGCUUCAUCGGCUUGGAGUUUCUGUUUGUAUCAUAGGUGAGCUUGUCAAUUUGCCAUUUAACAAGACGGUCAACGCUAAACCAUCCUUUCCAGAUGGAAAACCAGGUCCUCUUGAGCUGGGCAGAGCCGACGCACUCAAUGCGCGAACUCAACAAUAUUUAGAGGUAGCAAAACUGUUGGAGGAGCUCCUACCAAUUGGCCUCAAAUGCAAUACCAGCUCUACAUUUGCAAAUGGAGAGUUCAAGUCACGCCAAAAUACGUGGUGGGUUGGUCUUGAACACACGCUGCACAAAAAUUUUCUCAUGAUUGGGCAACCUGUUGUUGAGAACGUUCUUGCAAGCAGGUUGCAGGGACUUGUUCGUUUCGGGGAACAAGUCGUUGCUGUGACUGAAGAUGACAAGGGCGUUGAAACCGUAACGCAGUCGGGCUUUAGGAUUCGCAGCAAAUACGCCGUGGGAUCUGAUGGCGCAAGGUCCUUGGUUCGCAAACAAAUCGGCGCAUCAUUCUCUGGAACCAAGCCUGAAAUGCUAUGGGCCGUACUGGACACCUUCAUUGAGACCGACUUUCCCAUUUGCCCAGAGAUUAUUACGUUCCAGAUGAAUGGGCAAUCUCGUGUUUCUUGGAUUCCACGAGAACGCGGAAUGUGCCGGUUCUAUGUUCUUCUUGAAGGAGAUGUUACAGAGGAACGAGCCAAAGAGUCUAUCCAACAACACUUGGCCCCUCAUAACGUCAAGUUCACCAAGACUGAGUGGUACAGUACAUUUGAUGUUAAAGAAAGGAUUGCAUCAACAUUUGUGUCCAAAGGCGGAUCCGGUCGCAUCAUUCUUGCAGGUGAUGCAGCUCAUGUCCAUUCUGUAAAUGGGGGGCAGGGACUCAACACGGGCAUGUCAGAUGCCUUCAAUUUGGCCUGGCGUCUAGCAGAGGUCGUCAAGAGUUCCAAACUUCAACCAGGGGCAGCAGAUAAAAUUAUUCGAAGUUAUGAUACGGAAAGAAGAAGUACUGCUCGAGAUGUCAUUGACGUUGCGGCUGCUCUGGUCCGUGACACAGUUCACACAGCCAAGCAGUAUGUGGGUACAAUUGAAAAGAAUGCCGGGUACAUCACUGGCAUGGGUGUGACAUAUCGCGAAUCUGGGUCUCCUCUGGUCCAAGCGUCGGAACAUGGCCUUUGGAAGGCAGGCAACAGGUGCCCAGAUAUGGUUCUGAAGAAGAGCAACGGGAACGAAACAAUGCUGUAUACUGAAACGACAUACGGCAAGUAUCUCAUCUUGCGAAUCGGAGACAUUCACGGCGGCGACUUUGGUUUCAAAGAUAUUGCAACAUCCUACGCCAUUCACCCAGCAACUGGGUUACACAUUGAAAACGACAAGUCAAACUCAAGUAGCGGGGCUGAGAACGGAGAAGCCGAGGCACACAAGGUUUACACGGCAGACUGGGCGUCGAAGGAUGAUCCUUUCGUUGUGGUAGUCAGACCAGAUAUGUACGUUGGCUUUGUGGGUGAGAGUCUAGACUCGGCAAAGCAAUAUCUCAGUGACCUGUAUAUUAGUUAG